ACAUCUAAUGUCCUGCGUCGGUGUGCUAACACGUGUAUAUUAAUAUAUUAUAUGUCUAUUUUAAAAUGAUGUAGGGGGAAGUGGAAGUGAUAAUUUAUUUUUGUUGUUAAACUAGGCUAUGUCUAUGCAGCUAGUCUUUAACUAGGUCUGUAUGCUUGCAUUUAAGCAACGAAGUGUGUGCAUGCAUGUGUCGUGUUGAAGCAGCAGCAGAAAGAUAUUUAAUCAUGCAGUUGUGCGCAGCACCCCAGCUCUCUGCACUCGUGGGGUUUCGGUUAAGUCUCCCUCCUCUUCCUCCUCCUCCUCCUCCUUCCCCUAGCUCUGACGUCACGCGCCUGCCUGGCUAUUGCGCGAACUAUUUUCUGUAGCAACAGCAGUGAGUGUAUUUCACCCGCUUACCGCUAACGAGCACCGAAAUACGAGCAAGGGUCAGGGAGAGGGAGAGCGCGAGGGAGAGGGAGGGAGGGUUAGCGAAAGAAUUCAUCUGAGCCACAGUGGCUGUAAAACUCAAAAUUACUGCUACAGCAUCAACGGUUUAACGCCAAUAGGGGGGACAAUCGCGCUCUCGCUUCGUCCACCUCGGAGCGACAAAUGGAUCUACCUGCCGUCGGAGAGCACGUCUUCGCGGUGGAGGGCAUCGAGAAGAAGCGCAUACGGAAGGGUAGAACCGAAUAUCUGGUGAAGUGGAGAGGAUGGUCACCGAGAUACAACACAUGGGAACCAGAGGAGAACAUCCUCGACCCGCGUCUUCUAGUCGCCUUCCAAAACAGAGAGAGACAGGAGCAGCAAAUGGGAUAUCGCAAAAGAGGACCUAAACCCAAACAUCUUCUGAUCCAGUUACCUGCAUUUGCACGGAGGUCCAGCAUCCUUGCUGAUCUCCAAGAGACAUCAGUGGAUGACGAGAACCAGUUCAAAGUGGAUUCACUGCAGAUGCCCCGGUCACAGCCUCAGCAUUACCAACUCAACAGCAAAAAACAUCACCAGUACCAGCCCAACAGCAAGGAGAUCCCAACAGAAGCUCACACCAAUGGCAAGAAGAAGCACUUCUAUCAGCUAAACAGCAAGAAACACCAUCAUUACCAACCAGAUCCUAAGAUGUAUGACCAGCAAACCACAAAGUCUAAAGAGGUUAAAGGGCAUGACCCAUCUAUUAAAGGAUGGAACCUCCCUCCAGCCUUGCAACAGAAAUGGGUGCGUGACAAGGACACUGGAAGUUUGAAUAAAGUGAAAGAUCUGUCCAUGGAGCAUAAGCACCUGCUUAUACCCGCUAUCAAGGAAGACCAAACAGUAAAGACAACCUCAAAGGAUCACUUGCACUCCAGUGGCAUCAGCAGUAAGAUGAAGAUCAUCAGGAACAAAAACAAAAAUGGCCGAAUUGUCAUUGUCAUGAGCAAGUACAUGGAUAAUGGGGUCCAGACUUCCAAAGUGAAAAACAGAGAUUCUCCUGGAACAGAGAAACCAAAACAAACUAUAAAUGAGUCUAUAAAUGGCAAUGCAGCCAGUCUUGUAAAAGUUUCAGCAGGGGAGGAGAAUGGUGAGUCUAAUCACAUAGGAGACAGUGCAUGUGUUACCAGAGAAUUUGUUCAUAAAGUGCCCCCCAAAAAGUUUGAGCUUUCAAAAGCAAAACUGAACACUGAGGCAGGUCACAGAACAGAACAAGAGGUGAAUAAGAUCGGCGUAUCAUACAAUCCUUCUCUGCAACAAUCCAACAAAACUAGCUCUUCACCUAUAUUAGUUGUGGAAGAUGUGCCAUUGCAGAAGGACUCCGCCAAUCACCACCUCAUCACUCGUAAACGGAACUUGUCAGAACCUAACAAGGCUGCAAGUGAUUGUAAGAAGUUUCUCGGCUCUAGAAGUAUCAGUGCUCCCAAUCCGGUGGUCCUUUCUCCUCAGAGGGAACCUAUCGACCUGCACUGUUCUGGCCAAAACACCAGCAGUCUCUACAACUACAAUAUUACCGACAACAUUCCCGAUGAACCAAUCGACUUAAGCUGUGGGAGGACUAGGCUACAAGCAGAAGCUCGAACAGAGUCCCAUUUCAUAGUGGAUGACACAUCUGAGACAUCAGAAAAGUGUGAAGAACCAGUUAGCUAUUUUAAGCCAUUUUCAGGUAACAUCAUCAUUACGGAUGUCACCACAAACUGUCGGACUGUGACCUUUAAGGAGUAUGUCUCCAUUUAACAGCCUUCAAUUUGAUACACUGACGAUUGCCGAUGCUUAUAUGAAUUUGUAGAUGUGUAAUUAAUUAUUAGAAGUCUGUACAUAUGUAUCUAUAAUAUUUCAUGUAUAGAAAGCAAAUGUUUUUUCGCAGUGUAGAUUUUUUUUAUUUCAUUUGGAAUAUGUUAAGGCCUGUACAUGCACAGAUUAAAAUAGAGUGUUUUGAAUGUUUAAAAUGAGGCACAUUCUGUACUCUGAAGAAAUCAAUAUGGGAGACCAUGCUGAGCUUAAGAAGUUGUUAAACCAUCAUGGAACAAGCACUUACUUGCUUUCAAGACCUUGUACACUAAAUGAAAAUGGCAGUUAAAUAGAUAUGUGUGCUUUAUGUUGAGCAUUAUUUAUGUUGAGCAUUAUUUUAUCUCUUUUCCAUUGCAAACACAUCGUUUUACAACAUCACACUCUCCUUGCAAAUGAGAACUGAGCUUAUUCUAAUGUCAAAUGGAUAUUCAGGGUGUUUUCUUUUUAAAUAUUUGCUUUACUUUAAGCCACACUUGCAUUGGUGCAUAGUUUAUUCUGUUGUGAGAGAUACAGGUCUUUGCUGUGCAAUGUUGAAAUAGCCUCAAUCAGACACAGCACCAUUUGAUCAUUUGGUUUUCUUCACCUACCCAAUGAAUGAUGUAAGCUGCACUUUGCCAUCAGUUAAGAUGCUUUGAAAAAGCCCUGAAUGACACUGAUCAAAAGGGUAGAUAUUAUCUAUCAUACUGUGGUUGAAUUUCAUGCUGAUGAACUUGUACAUGUCUUUUUCCCUUCUUGAGAUUCUACAUAUUGCAUCAUAUUUAAUUGCUGAAAUUGUUUUUAUUUUGAUGCCAUGUUUUUUUUAACUGCCUGUAUUUUUGGUGUGACAUACUAAUAACGACGUAUGACCAAACGAUUUAUUUUAGACAAUUUGUAAUCCGGUAGCACAUAAUAUUGUAAAACUGCUGCUAAAGUGUUUUACUUAGUUGAAGUAAUAUGUUGUGGGAAAAUGCAGACUAUGCUGUAGUCAACAUUAGUCUAAAUUUGCCUUAAAUGAGUAAUAAUAAUGAUAAUAAUAAUAAAAAAAAAAUAAUAAUACUGAUAAUAAUAAUAGACUAUCAAUAUUUUACAAAGCUUAUUGUAGUGAAACAAUCAUAGUCAGUACCAUAUCCAGGCAGCAAAUGUAUCAGCUUUUGACACAUUUGAUUGGACCUGACUGAACACUCGUGACUAGUUAUGACAGACUUUUAUCAGUGACACUGACAAAAAUAAGUCGCUUUUAGAUCAGAUUAAACGGCUUGAUUACUGGAAGCACAACAAAUACAACAAAGCCAAAAACAGUACCAUGAAUUAUUUGGUACGUUGUACAUCUGUGAUAUUUUUAGAAAGGUGGUAGGUUCAUUCAGACAGAGGUGUGGUUGAUUUAUUGUUUUAUUUAGCAGUUUAGUUUUGCAGAUCUUUAACUAUGUGCCUGUGAUAACUGCCAAUGUGACAAUAGAGGGAGUGUACUGCUAUUUCAUAUGUAUCAAAAUGUUCAUUUCAGAAACUGCCCUCUCAUACAUAACAUACAGUUGCAAUUAUAAAAGAAAAAAAAUUAACAAAACUCAAUUUAAUAAAUCACAUGAUGUUUCAGAA